AUGUUGUCUCGUGCUGCCUCCCGUGCUUACAGCACCACCCCAGUCAAGUUGGUGUCGAGAGACGCCCCUGGCAAUUUGACCACUUUGUCUGUGAAGGUGAACAAUGCUGGUUCCAAAGCAGGCAAGAUCGGUGUUGCCCACCUCUUGUCGAAGUUCGCUUUCCUCAACACCGAAGUCAAGUCUGCCUUGCGGUUCACCAGAGAGUCUGAGCUUUUGGGUGGUUCUUUCUCUUCCUACGUCACCAGAGACGCCAUUGUGUUGAACACCCAGUUCUUGAAGCAGGACUUGCCUUACUACGUGGAAGCCUUGGGCAACACUUUGCACAAGCCUCUCUUCAGACCACACGAGCUUGUUGAGACCGUAAUUCCAGUGGCCAGCGCUGAGGCCGCUGCAGCUCACGCCUCUACCGAGUUUGUCGCCUUGGAGCACUUGCACGAGUUGACCUUCAGAAAGGGCUUGGGUAACCCAUUGUACUACGACUCUGCCUCUACCGUGUCCUUGGAUGACAUCAAGAACUUUGCUUCCGAGGUGUACACUUCCGGCAACGUUUCUCUCUAUGCCUCUGGCGCCGACGAGAAGGACUUGGCCAACUUUGUUGCUGAGUCUGCUUUCUCUGCGUUGAGAUCAGGCUCCACCUCUGCUCCUGCCGUCACCACUCACACCGGCAAGGAGGCUAGAUUCAGAAAGAGCGGUGAGUCCACCGCCAUCAUCGGUGUGCCUGUGGCCACCAAGGACUUUGCCAAGUUUGAGGUUUUGUCUGCUGCUGUUGGUACCUCUGUUUUGAAGGGUGCUGCUUCUCCUUUGAGCGAUAUCCCCGGUGCUGACUCCAGAUUGUACAAGUACGAAGACGCUGGUUUGUUUGUCGUUUCUGUCACUGGUCAGGAUGCCACCAAGGUUGCUGAGGGCAUCAAGGCUGCCAAUAAGGUUGUGGAUGGCAUCAAUGCCUCCGCCUUGUCUGGCGCUAUCAAGGCCGCUGAGUUGUCUGUGGCUUUGCAGGAGUCCUUUGAAUACCCACACAACAUCCAGAUCUCUGCUGACAGCGCCAAAGGCGGCGUGAAGUUGGGUGCUUUCAACUAUGUUGCUGUUGGUAACACUGACGUUUUGCCAUACGCCGACGAGUUGUAA